AUGGAGAAUGAAGUAAUGUUAGUAGCAGCAGUGCCUUCCAUAGAUUUCAAUUUCAACACCAACUGUUCAUCUUCCACUUACAUCACUGACCCUUCAACUCCCCAACUUUUUCCCAGCAACUUCUCCUUCACAUCCCUCAAAGAUUAUGAUGAUAAACCUAUCAUCACCAACAAUGAUCAAGAUUUUGAAUUCAACUUCAAUACCCAUCUUCAAAGUUCUUCUCUUUCUGCGGAUCAACUUUUCCAUGCUGGAAAAAUUCUGCCUCUCAACCUCAUUUCACCUUCUCAUCAUCAAGAACAACAACAAACAGAGAUAAAGUUAGUAGAACAACAACAGAAUAAUAAGCUUUCUGAUACAGAAAGAUCUUCAUCGUUUUCGUUUCCUACUUGUCGUGAUCAUAGAAAAUAUUCCAAACUCUCCCAUUAUAACAAAGGUAGUAGUGCCACUGCCAACAGCAACAUUAAACAAACCGAAACUUCAUCUUUUUCAUCUUUCUUAUCAACAAUUUCAUUCUCGAAAGGGUAUCGAAAAUGGAGACUCAAAGAUUUUCUUUUAUUUCGGAGUGCUUCCGAAGGAAGAGGCUCAGACAGAGAUCCUUUGAGGAAAUACAGAGUUUUGUCUAAAAGGACAGAGUACGAGGAUGUAGGUAACUCUAGCUUCCGGUCCGUUGAGAAUUCCGGUUCGGUUUCAAAACGGAGAAAACCGGUUUCGGCUCAUGAGUUGCAUUAUACACUGAACCGGGCUGCUUCUGAGGAAUUGAAGAGGAAAACUAUGUUGCCUUAUAAACAAGGUUUGUUGGGCUGUUUGGGUUUUAAUCACGGUAUGAAUCACACUAAUAGAAGAUUUUGA